GAACGAACAAACGUCUGGUGGAGAGCAGUGCCGGUGCUGAUGCCACCAUUACGGUCCUUCAACAACAUGGAAGCUGUCGAUGGUCCAGCCAGUGGCCCUCAGACCUCUGAAGGCUCGAAGCUCGAGCUUCGUUUGUACCACUCUCUCAGCGAGCCCAAUGGAGACACGAUGGUCUUCUAUUCUGGAGAAUACACCGCCGAGGAGCUGUGUGUCAUGGCUGCCAAAGCCAGUGGGAUCCUGCCUGUCUACAGCAGUCUCUUUGCUCUGGCCAGCGAGGAUAUCAAGGUCUGGUUCCCUCCAAACCACAUCUUCCGAAUCGAUGCGUCAACACAGCCUGUUCUCCUCUACCGAAUCAGGUUCUUCUUCCCUAAUUGGUUUGGACAAGGUGACCAGAUGUCCCAUCGCUGUGGACUGACGAGAGAGAGCGUUAACACCAUAUUGGAUUACUCUGUGAUAGACUAUCUCUUCGCUCAGUCACGUCAUGAUUUUGUCAGUGGACGCAUUCCAAUUCCUCUGAACCUGCAGAUGCAGGAGGAGUGUCUGGCGAUGGCGGUGCUGGACAUAAUGCGCAUAUCAAAGGAGAGAAAAUGGAGCCUGCGACAGAUCAACGAACACGUGAGUUACAAGUCCUGCAUCCCAAUCCCUUUCCGCUGUCAGAUCCAACAGCACAACUUUGUGACCCGGAAACGAAUCCGGAGAAAGUUCUACAAGUUCCUGAGGAAGAUCAGCCUCUGCGAGACCGACCAGCGUUUCCUCAAACUGAAGUACCUGAUGGACAUGAGGAACAUGGAGGGCGUUUCGGGCAAAGAGACAUUCCGCGUCAGAGAUCCCAUGGGUAGAAGCGAAGGACGAAACAGUUACAAGUUCAUCUCCGUCUCUGGAGACGCUGGUAUUCAGUGGAGUUUGAAAGACAAUGAGCAAUGGCAGCCGUUCUGUGACUUCCCAGAAAUUGUUGACAUCACCUUGAAGCAAGCGAGUCGAGGCUACAUCUUAGAAGAAAGUCGAAUUGUCACGGUGACCAAACAAGACAGCAAAGUUCUGGAGGCAGAGUUUCCCAGCCUGAAGGAGGCUCUUUCCUUCGUGACUCUUAUCGACGGUUAUUACAGACUCGCUGCUGAUGCACAUCAUUAUUUCUGCAAAGAAGUGGCUCCUCCGACACUGCUGUCCAACAUCGAGAACCAGUGCCACGGACCCAUCACGUCAGAAUUUGCCAUUCAUAAACUGAAGAAGUCGGGGAAUGUUGCUGGCCUGUACAUCCUCCGAUGCAGCCCGAAGGAAUUCAACAAGUAUUUCCUGACCGUCUGCGUCGAUACCGCUUUCGGCAAAGAUUACAAGGAUUGCCUCAUUGUGCGAGACAAGAACUAUUCCCUUGCUGGAGUGCAGAGACAGUUUGAGAGCCUGAAGGACCUGCUCAGUUAUUAUCACGAAAACAGCCUCCAGUCGGAGGGGAUCAGUAUAGAGCUGCAUGCUUGCUGUCCUCCAAAACCCAAAGAGAAAUCCAAUUUAAUUAUCAUCCGGAGUCACGGAUCUUCGGCUCUCCUCACGUCCCCAUGUAUGCAGCGGAGAAAUGUCAGUCAGAUGAUGUUCCACAAGAUAAAGAAGGAAGAGUUAACUUGGGGCGAAAGUCUUGGACAAGGCUCCUUCACUAAGAUCUUCAAAGGAAAAAGGGAGGAAUACAUUGACUGCGAUUCUCACCAAAUGGACGUUUUGCUUAAAGUUCUGGAUCACACACACAGGAACUACUCGGAGUCCCUCUUUGAGGCAGCCAGUAUAAUGAGCCAAAUAUCUCACAAGCACCUCAUCCUGGUCUACGGAAUCUGUGCAGUCAACAAGGACAACAUCAUGGUGCAGGAGUAUGUGAAACACGGAGCGUUGGACAUUUACCUAAAGAAAAAUAAAAACAAAUCGCGAGUGAACAUCAGCUGGAAGCUGGAGGUGGCCAAGCAACUGGGCUACGCAAUGAACUUUCUGGAGGACAAACGCAUUGUUCACGGAAACAUCUGCGCCAAGAAUAUUCUCCUCACGAGAGAGGGCGAUGCCAUGACGGGGUUGCCCCCGUUUAUUAAGCUCAGCGAUCCUGGUAUAAGCAUCACCAUCCUGCCGAUAGAAGUGAGAAUCGACAGGAUCCCCUGGGUGGCCCCAGAGUGCAUUGGAAACCCCAGGAACCUGUCUCUGGAAUCAGACAAGUGGAGUUUUGGCACAACACUCUGGGAGAUCUUCAGCCCUGGGGAUCUGCCACUCAAUAGCCUGGAGCCGUCCCAGAAGUUGCAGUUCUACCAGGAUUACCUGCGACUUCCUGCUCCCAAGUGGUCAGAGCUGGCUCACCUCAUCAAUCAGUGCAUGGCUUACCAGUAUUCACUCCGACCCUGUUUCAGGGCCAUCAUCAGGGAUCUGAACAGAUUGAUCACCUCAGACUAUGAGCUUUUGUCCGAUUUGCCUCCCAGUGAGAUACCGAGCAAAGAUGGUUUCUGGAGCUUUGUGGACAUGAGGAAGGCGGAUGACCCCACAUUCUUUGAAGAGAGGCAUCUCAAGUUCAUCUCUGUGCUUGGCAAGGGUAACUUUGGCAGCGUGGAGCUAUGUCGCUACGAUCCGCUCGGUGACAACACGGGAGACAUGAUCGCGGUGAAGAAAUUGCAGCAGAGUACCACAGAGCACCUCCGGGACUUCGAGCGGGAGAUUAAGAUCGUCAAGUCACUCCACAACGACCACAUUGUGAAGUACAAAGGCGUGUGCUACAGUCUCGGGAGAAAGAAUCUGAGGCUUAUCAUGGAGUAUCUGCCGUAUGGAAGUUUGCGGGAUUAUCUUCAGAAGAACAAGGAAAGAGUUGACCACAGAAAACUCCUGCUCUUUGCUUCCCAAAUCUGUAAGGGAAUGGAAUAUCUCGGAUCGAAGCGUUACGUUCACCGAGACUUAGCGACGCGGAAUGUUCUAGUGGAAAGCGAUACUUGUGUAAAGAUCGGUGACUUCGGCCUGACCAAGAUUCUCCCUCAAGACAAGGAAUAUUACAAGGUUCUGGAUCCUGGAGAGAGCCCAAUCUUUUGGUAUGCUCCAGAAUCCCUGUCAGAGAGCAAGUUUUCCAGAGAGUCAGAUGUGUGGAGCUUUGGAGUUGUGCUCUAUGAGCUAUUCACUUACAGCGACAGAAGCAGGAGUCCGCCAAUGGAAUAUCUAAGGAUGAUUGGAUAUGACAAGCAGGGGCAGAUACCCUUCCACAUGACUGAAAUCCUCAAAGGCAAUCGACUACCACUGCCCCAGAACUGCCCCAGAGAGAUUUAUGAUAUGAUGCUGAACUGCUGGAACUGCCACCCCGAGCAAAGGCCCACUUUCACCUAUUUGCAGCAAGAAAUCAACAAGUUUCGGGACCUCAUCCGGAGAUGAGCCUCAAUUGCCAGGCUGGUGCUGGUGGAAUGACUUGUCAGGUUCUUGAAGCUGAAAGGAAGUCACCAGCCCUCCGAAAGUAGCCCGUGGACAAGCACAAGGCUGAAUGACCUUGAUCACACCUAUGAAGACUUGUGGACCUUCCUUCAUUGGCUCAAUGAGUGUAUGUAUUCCGGUUCAUGUUUUAUUUUGCGGAAGAGAUUGGUAGAGAGUGAUGGAAGAUUAGUUUUGUUAAACUGUAGAGUCUUUAUCGUGUGUGGAAAGGAGAGAAAGAGGGUGGCGGUGGGUGGAUGGAGAUGGAGACUUAGCUGUAUUGAUCACUUGAGUUACAGUGAACCUCUUCCAAUUUAUUUUAAAAAUGGAAGCUUCCUUUAUGGAGUGGGAGAAGGUGAUGGAGUACGGAAGGACUCUGGGAAGGAAGGAGUUGAUCACUUUAAACAUAACUUUGCUUUAAAUGGCUGAAGAAAUCGUGUUGUUUGAUAGUGCUAAUGAUAAAUAUCUCAAGCAAAUCCUGUCCCUGAAUUGCUCUUUAUCGAAUACCAAUGUGCUAUUUGUGUGCCAUGAAAGCUACUUUGUCUUCUGCCGAAGAAGUGCAACAAGUUCAAUAACUUUCUGUUAGAUACUGAUGCUUAUGGAGUUCAACAUUCUCUUUCAUAGUGCACUGGCUUAUCACACAAUGUAACAAACAUAGAAAUUCUUAAUGAUAAUAAAGUAUAUAUCUUUUCUCAA